CGCACAUAUGUUGUUUUGUAUAUACAGCCGGCUUUACAAAGUUGUAGUUUUGUUAAGUAUUUAACCAUGUUUUAUCCAAAGACUCCGUUCGUGGGCAACAGUUUGCUGGAAGCCGAAAUUCUUAAAGUCAAUGUGAGGAACCUCCCCUACCAUUCGGCGGCUCUGUCCCAGCUAUUGGAAUGGCUCUGUCAGACUCCACGAGUGACCACCUACAGGGUGAACCGACUGCGCACUAAUGUGGACACGCACAAGAAGCAAUUGGAAGAGCAUUUCGCACAGCGCUAUGGCCAGCAGGCUCCUAGGAUCUAUGGCCUGGCGGAUCUGCCCGAAGUACUAUGCAUUGCGCCAUUUGAGGCGGAACUGGUGCUGCGUGAGCCUGAUCCAACGCUGAAAGAGAUCAUUGUGGACACCAGUUGCGGAGCUGCCCUGCUGCGUGGAGCUCACAUUUAUGCCCCCGGCGUUCUGGCCAUGGAGUCGAACACACAACUGCAGGAAUGCGCCAAUGUCUAUGCAGACUUGGCCGGCAAAUGCAAGCGGGGCACAACUACGCGCUACGAGAGCUCGGAAAAGGUUUUCGUGGGUGUGGGCAAGGUGCUAAUGCAGCGCUAUCAGCUGUACAAUAACAAAGAUGAAGCUCCCACAGGCAUCGCCGUUGAAAUGCAAUCAAACGUCAGUGGCGUGCCCUCGCUAGGCGACCUCAGCAGCGCAGAUGCCCUGCUACAAAAUCUGCCCUCUAUUGUAUGCGUGCGUGUCCUGGACCCACAGCCCGAUGAACGCAUCCUGGACAUGUGUGCUGCUCCGGGCAACAAAACGACUCACAUUGCCGAGCUAAUGGGCGAUCAGGGAUGCGUCGUGGCGUUGGAUAACUCUGCCAGUCGCGUGCGCGGCAUGCUGACGAAACUGAACAACUAUCAGAGCAUACAGGCGCACGUCUUUGACUCCACAAAGGCGGUGGCAGCGUCGAGCGAUGCGUCUUGCCCAGCAGCUCCACCCUUUCCAUGCGACAGCUUCGAUCGCAUUCUUCUAGAUGCUCCAUGCAGCGGCUUGGGCAACCGUCCGCAGCUGUUGUGCAGCAUUAAGCAGGCCAAGGUGCUGCAGUCCUAUCCAAACAUUCAGCGUCGUCUGCUGGGGCAGGCCGUGCAACUGUUGCGCCCUGGCGGCAUCUUGGUAUACAGCACUUGCACCGUCACCGAGGCCGAGUGCGAGGGCAUUGUUGCCUGGGCGCUGCGAAAGUAUCCCGAGCUACGUCUGGUGGAUGCCACACCUCGGUACGGUGGUGCUGGCCUGCCACUCCCCGAUCUGGAGGCAAAGCAGUCGAGUCUGCUGCAGCGCUUUGGCCCCUGCAAAGAUAUCGACACUGUGGGUUUCUUUAUAGCGAAAUUUCAGAAGGAGCUUAAAUGAUUAUUCAAGUUAUUCGGUUGUUUAUUUAAUUGAAUUUGAAUUCCUUAAAUAUUUGUUUCGAGCUUUGCCAGUGCCGGAAACACUAACGUAGAGAUUUCUUUGCAGAAUGGGCACAAAUAUGAAAUAAACAACACAAAUUGAUGAUAUUUUUGUUUAGGUUUCUAAAUGUUAAAAUUACUUAGAGAAGUUUACAAUUCACAUCUAUCGUAAUGUUAAUUAUAGUCUAUGUUUUAUUUUAGCACUUCUUAAGACGAGUAUUUUCCUGUUUAAAUGCAAAACGAUGCAUUUUUCUCACACUCUAUCUGUGGCCUUCCAACAGGCGUUUUCACAUUUAUAUUUAUAAUUUAAUUAAUUAUUA